AUGGGAGAGGACAGAGUGGAUUUGCAAAAGCCGUGUCCUCCUGCCUGGCUUUGCAGGAAGAAGUUUUCCUGGGGCAUCCAGAUGACAGUGUUUGCCAUGAUCAUCGGCGCCUUCGUAGCUGCCAGUGCUGACUUGGCCUUCGACCUGGAGGGGUAUAUUUUUAUCCUCAUUAACGAUGCCUUAACGGCCGCGAACGGUGCCUACGUGAAACAGAAGCUGGACUCAAAGGAGCUGGGAAAAUAUGGCCUGCUCUAUUACAAUGCACUCUUCAUGAUCCUGCCCACCUUGGCCAUCGCCUACUUCACCGGAGAUGCACAAAAGGCCAUGGAGUACCAGGGCUGGGCAGACACGCUCUUCAUCGCGCAGUUCACGCUGUCGUGUGUGAUGGGGUUCAUCCUGAUGUACUCCACAGUUCUCUGCACUCAGUAUAACUCUGCUCUCACAACUACAAUAGUUGGCUGCAUUAAGAAUAUUUUAAUAACCUACAUUGGGAUGUUUUUUGGAGGAGACUACAUCUUCACCUGGACCAACUUUGUUGGUCUAAACAUCAGUAUUGCUGGAAGCCUGGUGUAUUCCUACAUCACCUUCACGGAGGAGCAGAUGAGCAAGCAGUCCGAAGUGGGCAGCAAGAUGGACAUUAAAGGGAAAAGCUCAGUGUGA